CAAAGCCCCAUUGAUCCGGAAGCCAUUGAAGUGGAGACCCAAACAAAGGAGGAAAAAUAGAAAAAAAGGAAAAAAAAAAAAAAAUGAAAAACAGAGAGCAAAACAAUACAAAACCCAGGCUAGCAAAAUAUCUUCGUCUUCUUCGUUUUUGGGGACUCAGCAAAAUUAGCAUUGAAUAACCCUAAUGUCAUGAUCGUUUGCUCUCGGCUCUAUCGUAGUAACCAGCUUCUUCACCAUGAUCAACACUGCCAACGGUAUGAUGUCAACGGCUUCUUCAUCGGGGAACGCCCAAUCGCCUGGUCUGAAGACCUAUUUCAAAACACCAGAAGGUCGAUAUAAGCUUCAUUACGAAAAGACUCACCCUUCGGGUUUUCUCCACUACACCCAUGGGAAAACCGUCACCCAGGUGACUCUAGCAUAUCUCAAAGAUAAACCUUCCCCAUCAACCCCUACAUCCUCACAAUCAAGCUUCACUACCAGUGGAGGUGUGAGAUCAGCUGCAGCUAGGUUGCUAGGUGGUGGAAAUGGGAGUCGGGCACUUAGCUUUGUUGGCGGCAAUGGUGGGAGUAAGAGUGUCAGUGCAAGUAGAGUUGGGUCAUUGGGGGCUUCAAGCUCUACCAAUUUGGCCUCUACAUCAAAUUUUGAUGGCAAAGGGACUUAUUUGAUCUUUAAUGUGGGGGAUGCAAUUUUUAUAAGCGACUUGAAUUCCCAAGACAAGGAUCCAAUAAAAUCAAUACAUUUUAGUAAUUCAAACCCCAUUUGUCACGCAUUUGACCAAGACGCAAGGGAUGGUCAUGAUUUGAUUAUUGGGCUGAAUUCAGGAGAUGUAUAUUCUGUCUCACUGAGACAACAAUUACAAGAUGUUGGAAAGAAGCUUGUUGGGGCCCAACACUAUAACAAAGAUGGUUCGGUUAAUAGCAGCCGCUGUACUAGUAUUGCAUGGGUGCCUGGCGGUGAUGGUGCUUUUGUAGUUGCUCAUGCUGAUGGGAACUUGUAUGUGUAUGAGAAGAACAAAGAUGGUGCAGGUGAUUCUUCAUUCCCUGUCAUCAAAGAUCAAACUCAAUUUUCUGUUUCGCAUGCUCGCUAUAAUAAGAGUAACCCAAUUGCCAGAUGGCAUAUAUGCCAAGGUUCCAUUAAUAGCAUCACUUUCUCUACUGAUGGAACAUACUUAGCAACUGUUGGAAGAGAUGGUUAUUUACGUGUUUUUGACUACUCUAAAGAGCAACUUGUAUGUGGUGGCAAAAGUUAUUAUGGUGCGCUCUUAUGUUGUGCUUGGAGCAUGGAUGGAAAAUACAUUCUGACUGGAGGAGAAGAUGAUUUAGUUCAGGUUUGGAGUGUGGAAGAUCGGAAGGUUGUAGCAUGGGGUGAGGGGCAUAAUUCAUGGGUCAGUGGAGUGGCUUUUGAUUCAUACUGGUCAUCACCAAAUUCAGAUGGUACAGAAGAGACUGUAUACCGGUUUGGUUCUGUUGGCCAGGACACACAGUUGCUCCUUUGGGACCUAGAAAUGGAUGAGAUUGUUGUACCAUUGCGACGACCACCUGGUGGAUCCCCAACUUUUAGCACUGGAAGCCAGUCAUCCCAUUGGGACACUGUUUGUCCAAUUGGCACUCUUCAACCUGCUCCGAGCAUGAGAGAUGUCCCAAAGAUCUCACCACUGGUUGCACAUCGUGUGCAUACCGAACCCCUUUCUGGUUUGACUUUUACACAAGAAUCUGUUCUUACUGUCUGCCGAGAGGGACAUAUUAAAGUUUGGAUGAGACCAGGAGCUGCGGAUAACCAAUCGAGCAACGGUGAAACUGUCUUGAGUACCAGCUUGAAGGAGAAACCUUUAUUGUCAUCAAGUAAGGCUGGCAAUUCAAGUUACAAGCAAUGACUAAACUGUCUGGACACCAGGCAAAACCAAAGCUAUUUUUUUCCCAUUUCGAGUUGCUGUUUAUUUUCUUGUGUAGCUGUUUUUAUCUCUUUGGUAUUGUUCCAGUUGGUUUUCAGAACUAGCACCAAUGAUAUUUAACCAACUGGGGUUUUAUUGUAUAGACUAAAAUGGCCAUUGGAGGCACUCAGAGGUUGGAAGAGGGAAAGAGAAUGAUUCCCUUUGUAAGUACAGAACGGCCUUUUCUAGGACAUGUCUAAUUACUUAACAGGAAUAAUUUGAAGGUGCAAUCUUUGAAAUCUGUACAUCUUAGCAUUGCGUUUUUGAGCAUUUAUAUAAUACCAAAGAAAUCUUGAGGCCA